AGAGGGGGAUCUGUGUGCAAAAAUGGCGACGUCUCGUCGCACUUCCCAGCAGCAACAACAAAACUUAUCCUCGCCCCCGAGACCGGGGUCCAGUCCGCUUACUCCUCCAGACUCUCCCCCUGAUACCGGGGAAUCCGCUGCUGGUGGGGAGCCCGAGAGCAUCGGGGAUCGGGAGAUCACUCCAGAAAUCCCCGCUUCGCUCCUCAGCAGCAGCAGCAGUUCCAGCAGCACUAGCUCAUCUACCACCGGCGGGGGCAGUAGUGCGGGCUCCACUCCCGACUCCGGUAGUGCCAGUCCUGGAGGCAGCGUCUGCGGGACGAGUGGGGCUUUUAGGGAGCUGUUUGAGGCCUGCAGAAAUGGGGACGUGGUUCGGGUCAAGAGGCUGGUGGAUUCGGUUAAUGUAAACGCGAAGGAUAUGGCCGGUCGAAAGUCCACCCCACUUCACUUUGCGGCAGGGUUUGGAAGGAAAGAUGUGGUGGAGCAUCUCUUGAAUACGGGCGCAAACGUGCACGCGCGAGAUGAUGGUGGUUUGAUUCCGUUGCACAAUGCCUGUUCCUUCGGUCACGCCGAGGUUGUCAGUUUACUGCUUUGUCAGGGGGCCGAUCCCAACGCCAGAGACAACUGGAAUUACACUCCGCUCCAUGAAGCUGCCAUCAAGGGAAAAAUAGACGUUUGCAUCGUGCUGCUCCAGCACGGCGCCGAUCCAAACAUCCGCAACACCGACGGGAAGUCUGCCCUGGACCUGGCUGACCCAUCCGCCAAAGCUGUGCUGACUGGUGAAUACAAGAAGGACGAACUUCUGGAAGCUGCGAGGAGCGGAAAUGAAGAGAAGCUCAUGGCUCUGCUCACGCCGUUAAACGUCAACUGCCACGCCAGCGACGGUCGUAAGUCGACAUCUCAGAAAAUGCUGUCCACUCCACUGCACCUGGCAGCUGGAUACAACCGGGUCCGAAUAGUUCAGCUUUUGCUCCAACAUGGCGCCGAUGUUCACGCUAAGGAUAAAGGUGGUCUUGUUCCUCUACACAACGCCUGCUCGUAUGGACAUUAUGAGGUUACAGAGCUUCUGUUGAAGCAUGGAGCGUGCGUCAAUGCCAUGGACCUCUGGCAGUUCACCCCUUUGCACGAGGCUGCCUCCAAGAACCGCGUGGAGGUUUGCUCACUACUGCUGAGUCACGGAGCCGACCCCACUCUGGUCAACUGCCAUGGGAAGAGUGCGGUGGACAUGGCCCCGACCCCAGAACUCAAAGAGAGGCUCACAUAUGAAUUUAAGGGUCACUCUCUGCUUCAGGCUGCACGGGAAGCAGACAUGACAAAGGUGAAGAAGACCCUCGCUCUGGAGAUCAUCAACUUCAAGCACCCGCAGACACACGAGACAGCACUGCACUGUGUCGUCGCCUCACCCCACCCGAAAAGAAAACAAGUUGCUGAACUGUUGCUACGGAAAGGAGCCAAUGUCAAUGAGAAAAACAAAGACUUCAUGACGCCUCUUCAUGUGGCAGCAGAGCGGGCGCACAAUGACAUCAUUGAGGUGCUACAGAAACAUGCAGCAAAGAUUAAUGCUGUUGACACUCUGGGCCAGACGGCGUUACACCGGGCGGCUUUGGCCGGACACUUACAGACAUGCAGACUGCUGUUGAGUUAUGGAGCCGACCCAGCUGUUGUAUCUCUGCAGGGGUUCACGGCUGCGCAGAUGGGCAACGAAACUGUGCAGCAGAUCCUGAACGAAAACAUUCCAGUGAGGAACUCAGACGUGGAUUAUAGACUUUUAGAAGCAGCAAAAGCAGGAGACUUGGACACUGUGAAGCAACUCUGCACCCCUCAGAAUGUGAACUGUCGAGACCUGGAGGGCCGGCACUCCACGCCUCUCCACUUCGCCGCCGGCUACAAUCGUGUGGCCGUGGUCGAGUACCUGCUGCACCACGGUGCAGAUGUGCACUCCAAAGAUAAAGGUGGUUUGGUGCCUCUGCAUAACGCCUGCUCGUACGGCCAUUACGAAGUGGCGGAGCUGCUGGUCAGACACGGUGCCUCCGUCAACGUGGCCGACCUGUGGAAGUUCACCCCGCUGCAUGAGGCCGCUGCCAAGGGAAAAUACGAAAUCUGCAAGCUUCUUUUGAAGCAUGGAGCAGACCCCACCAAGAAGAAUCGGGAUGGAAACACUCCACUGGACAUGGUGAAGGAGGGAGAUACAGAUAUCCAGGACUUGCUGAGGGGAGACGCGGCACUCUUGGACGCCGCCAAAAAAGGCUGCCUGGCCCGCGUUCAGAAACUGUGCAGCUUGGAGAACAUCAACUGCAGAGAUACGCAGGGACGCAACUCGACUCCUCUGCACCUGGCAGCUGGCUAUAAUAAUCUGGAGGUGGCGGAGUAUUUACUUGAGCAUGGCGCAGAUGUCAACGCACAGGACAAAGGUGGCCUUAUUCCCCUCCACAACGCAGCCUCAUAUGGGCAUGUAGAUAUCGCCGCCCUGCUGAUCAAGUACAACACAUGUGUAAAUGCCACAGAUAAAUGGGCAUUCACACCCCUCCAUGAGGCUGCGCAGAAGGGCCGCACGCAGCUCUGUGCAUUGCUGCUGGCACAUGGGGCCGACCCAACCAUGAAGAAUCAGGAGGGCCAGACGCCGCUGGACUUGGCGACGGCUGAUGAUAUCCGGGCGCUGCUUAUUGACGCCAUGCCACCCGAAGCCCUGCCCAGCUGUUUUAAGCCCCAGGCUACAGUUGUCAGUGCCUCUGUUAUAUCUCCAGCCUCUACGCCCUCCUGCCUGUCUGCUGCCAGUAGUAUAGACAAUCUGGCCGGGCCCCUGGCAGAACUGGCUGUACCUGGGGCUUCAGGCCCUGCUGAUGGGGCCACUGGAUCAGAUAGGAAAGAGGGAGAAAUUGCAAUUCUGGAUAUGAACAUCAGUCAGUUUCUGAAGAGCUUGUGUUUGGAGCAUUUGCGGGAUAUAUUCGAGAGAGAAAUGAUUACCCUGGAUGUGCUGGCUGAUAUGGGGCACGAGGAACUCAAGGAGAUUGGGAUCAACGCAUACGGGCACAGGCACAAACUUAUCAAAGGCAUUGAGAGGCUGCUGGGCGGUCAACAAGGUGCCAACCCAUACUUGACAUUCCACUGUGCGAGUCAGGGCACGGUGCUGAUCGACCUGGCCCCCGAUGAUAAAGAGUUUCAGUCGGUAGAAGAAGAGAUGCAAAGCACUGUCAGAGAGCACAGGGAUGGUGGUAAUGCAGGAGGGGUUUUCAGUAGGUACAACAUCCUUAAGAUUCAAAAGGUGGUGAACAAGAAGCUGAGGGAAAGAUACACGCACAGGCAGAAAGAGAUCGCAGACGAGAAUCACAACCAUCACAAUGAGCGCAUGCUCUUUCAUGGGUCGCCAUUCAUCAAUGCCAUCAUUCAUAAAGGCUUUGAUGAGAGGCAUGCUUAUAUAGGGGGGAUGUUUGGAGCUGGGAUCUACUUUGCAGAGAACUCUUCAAAAAGCAAUCAGUAUGUCUAUGGCAUCGGCGGAGGGACAGGGUGCCCGACACAUAAAGACCGGUCCUGUUAUAUCUGUCACAGGCAGAUGUUGUUCUGUCGGGUGACUCUGGGAAAAUCCUUCUUGCAGUUCAGUGCCAUGAAAAUGGCCCACGCCCCUCCAGGACACCAUUCUGUCAUCGGUCGACCCAGUGUCAAUGGCUUAGCCUAUGCUGAAUAUGUCAUUUACAGAGGGGAACAGGCCUACCCAGAGUACCUCAUCACAUACCAGAUCAUCAAACCAGAGAGCACACCUCCAUCUCCAGCAGCAGAGCCACAGAAAUCCUAAUUUUCACAGAUCAGCAGGGCCAUGGCCCCAUCAAACAACUCGGACUGUACCCAAACAUUUCAUACCCGUGCACACUCUUGAUUUUCACACAUACCUCCUCACUUCGUUUGCCCCGUCGCUAUUCACUUACCCACAAUCCAUUUUUAUUUUGCUUUUUUUUUCAAUUUCUGUCCCCAAGAGUGUUUACAAGAAGAGUUGCCUUGGCCGACCGUGUUUUGACUCUUUGUCGUCCACUUUAAGUCAAAGGUCAGAAUAUUGGUCACACACUGUUUCAGGGCUAAUAGGAAGAUAAAUGAAAUUUCCCGCUGCAAGCUCCAGACAACAAGUGACCUCCUUUUCAUCAUAAUACUCAAUUUAACAGGCAUUAAACUUUCUUUUCCAUAUAGUUUUAUUGUGACUUAGUUUUAUUAUUUUUCUCUAUUCAAUUUACACUAAGAAAAUGGACCAUGUCUCUGUUAAACUUCAAAGGGAGCUGAUUACUUAGUCACCCUGCCCCCAUUUUCCCUCAUUGAAGUUCAUUGAAGACACUGAAGCUCAUUGUGUUGUGGUUUUAGUGUCUCUUCAUGCAUUCUUAUAAUAAAAGCCUUAGAGGGUUUUUAAAAGCAAAUGAAUGUUGAUACGGAAACCAGAAAAUAUUUUAUGCUUUGUUUUACUUGGUACUCAUUUACAUUUCUUUGCACAGGAUUACCAUUCAUUAUGUUUCAUUCCAUUGCCAUAGCCCAAUCACAAAAGGCAUCUUUUUAAAAAAUUUGCACUUUUAAGCAGGACUUAAGUUAUUCAGAAUAAUUUUUAAAUGACAUAGGGGAAAAAAUGUCCAGUAAUGUACAGCUUGUGUAAUGGACAAUGCCUUUGUAUAGCUUUUAUUGUUGUUUACUGAAGCAGAAUGGGUUUAAUAAGUACUGUAAAGGACGCGGAAAUGAUUUCUUUCAGAUUUUUCCUUUUAUAUUUUCAGAUAAUCGUUGAGCUCCGCUUUGGUCUCACUACGUUUUAGAUCACAACCACAGGAAUUCUUUGUUCAUUCCAAUACGGUUUCUCCGGUGUCGGAGAAACGCCUCUUUUUCGGAGGAUCCCGGGAACGUUUUUCCUGUUACACACUACUGAUAUAUCAGCAGCUUAGCUGACAUAUUCGCAUUCAUGUUACAAAUGAAGGACAUGUUUUUGGACGUGGCUCUACCUCUGGAAGUCUCUGUUCUCGAGGAGUUCAUUAGACUCCUGGGUGGUUUGUUGGACAUUGCUCAGGUUGGUUUAUGGUUCUGUAUGUACUAAGGAUGAUCUGUGUUCAUACCAGAGUGAGACAUUUUUCUCCUCUUAGUAGUAUGAGCAAAGACCUCCACUGCUCAAGCCAACACACAGGAGCGAAACACAAGUUUUCUGAGCUGUAUUUAAACUUGAACUUGAUCAAGAAACGGCUUUAACAAGAGAUCUGUGGAUUAACCAAACACACUGCAAUCAUGUAAAACAGUCUUAAUAAAGUAAAUGUCAUAAAACCAA